AUGGCGCUCCCAAAGGCAUGUUUCCAAGUCGCCACCCGUCCUCAAAAAGCGUCAAGGAAUUCACCUCCUUCCAAGGGUCCCUCGCCAGCCCUGCCGCGACAGAUUCCUGGCGCAACUACGAGACCAAAAUCGCCGGCUUCGGCCCCGACAGACAACCCGUCGCCCGAUACCAACGGUACAACUAAUGGCCAAGCUGUGCCCUCAAACGGUUCUGCUACUCAACGAAGACCCUCGCGCUCGAAUUCUGUAGAUAAACCAAGUCCGGUUGGAACUCCGCCGCACCGUCGCAAUUCAUGGUUCUCCAAUAUUUCUGCAAAGUUCUCCUCCAGCUCUCCUCCCGCCAACCCACCAACACCGGCUUCAAUACCAGAGACACCCAGUCCAAUCUCCGAUCCCGCUCCUCCCAAACUCUCGCAUACAAAGAAUGCUGUCCUGCAACAUGCCUCUAAACCCGAAGGUGACGGUCCUUAUAUACCAGCCCCGCCAAAGAGUGGUCAAGCCGGCUUCCUGGGUGUGUUUAGACGUCUAUCCUCGUCCUCUAGCGGUGCACUCUCGCCUGGCGGAAAGUUAGGACACGGUUUGGUCGACAGGGUGGUUUUGAAUGUGGACCAGAACCGGGAGCGAUGUCCUAUAUCCGAACUCCAUUGCGCCAAAUUGCGAAGGGUGGCUUUUUGCGUCGACGUCGAAAUUGCGCCAAUGCCUCGGUACGUCGAGGGCGAAACUGCGCAGCCUAACAAUGUCGACAAGGUGCAAAAGAAGAAGAUGACAGAAAAGGGUGAAGGGGAGGCCCUCAAAAACCCAAAGGCUGUAGAGGAACAGAAGGAGACCAAUGGAGCAAACGAGACCGCCAACGACAGCACGGCCCUGGCAUCCGAGAAGAAGGAAGAGAACACUAAGAAAAAGGAGAAGAAAAAGAAGAGCGAGGAGGAACGCAAGGCCAGGAAGGAAAAGAAGCGCAAGCUCGCAGAGGCCAAUGGAUCAAUCCCCAUGGAAAUCCGUUAUGACAGUAGCGACUCUUCCACCAACACCAACACCAACACCAAGACGCCUCCGGUUGUCAAGGCUCCUAAGACGACGUCUUACCCAACUACUAACCCUGUUCGCAUCUACCGAAGAUGCUGUCAGCUACGCGAGACGCCGAUUCUUAAGAAGAUCACUGAACAGCUCAACGACUCGUCCAAUUACUCGUCCUCGACUGGCGUGGUGAACAAGCUCGAUCUAACCAACUACUGGCUCCAGCUACCGGAUCUGAUCACCCUUGGAGAUUAUCUAGCCGUUGUACCUGUUCGGGAAGUGUUGUUGGAGAACAGUGGGCUAAGCGACGAGGGUGUACGAGUCAUCCUGGCCGGCCUCCUUGCCGCAAAGCGCAGCGUCUCGAAACGAGGGAAACCCAAGCACGACCUCGAGGACCAGGGCGGUGUUGUGGAACGACUUGUAUUAAGAAACAACAAGAUCGGUCCUGAUGGGUGGAAGCAUCUGUCUCUCUUCACUUACCUCUGUCGACCCCUUAAAUUCCUUGACCUCUCCCAGAUUCAAUUCCCUCGCCAACCUCAGAUGCAGCAGAAUGGUUCACUGCCCAAUGGCGUUCAGAUCCCCCGAGGUAUAUCAGACAUUUUUGCCAAGGCGCUUGGGGAACGUCUUGGCGGCUCAGUUCUCGAAUUGGUCAACCUGAGCGAGACUGGUCUGAGCAUGGAGCAACUGGGGACAAUUAUCGACGGACUAAUAAAGUGUGGUGUUCGCCGGCUAGGUGUAUCACACAACCAGAUCGAUGAGGAAGGUGUGCGGCACAUCAUCAAGUUCCUCGCUGCCGGUAACUGUGAGGGUCUAGAUCUUGGCGGAAACGAUCUCAGCGAGCACACCGAGGCCCUAGCAGCGGCCAUCAACAAUGAUCAAUCGACAUUAUGGGCGAUGAGUCUGGCUGAUUGCAACCUGUCGCCGUCAUCUCUCUGCAAGAUUCUUCCGACCAUGGCCAAGUUGACUGGCCUUCGCUUCAUCGAUCUGUCGCAGAAUCCGGCGUUGUUCCAGUCAACUCCCAGCGCCGUUGGCCUGCUCAGAAGAUAUCUGCCCAAGAUGAAGGCCCUGAAGCGCAUUCAUCUCGAGGAUGUUCAGAUGACACCAGAGCAGGCGAUUGCCCUGGUUGAAGUCCUGCCCGAAGUCAAGGCCCUUGCACACAUUAACAUUACCAACAACACCGAGAUAAUGAAGCUGGCCGACGCGAGGACUGAGGAGGCCCAAGAGGAGGCCUGCGCUUUAUAUGCCUCCCUACUUGCAGCGGCUCGCGUGUCCAAGAGCCUCAUCUGCGUGGACAUUGAAGUUCCAAGCGACCGGUCUGGAGAAAUCGUCAAGGCAAUGGCGAAACAGGUCGUUGCCUACUGCCUGCGAAACAUGGAACGAAUCCCUGACGCCGAUAUCAAUGCGGCUCUUGCUUCAACUUUGGCUGAGAAUGGUCUCGAGGGGCAUGAUCACAAGCACCAUAAUUAUCCCGAUGUCCUUGCGCAUCUUGUCGGACACGACGUGCUAGAUCAGGAUGAGGAUAUCGACAUCGAUGGUUCGGCGCCCGACGAGGAUUAUGUUAUUGGAGGCACCGGCGUGGUCAAGGCGUUGACCUGUUGCUUGAAGAACCGGGGUGAUGAGUCCCGGAGACAGUCGGGCGAGUUCAUUCGUGAGGUCGAGAACGGUGAAUCGAGGCCCGCGCCAACACUAUCAACAGGAGGAAAGGCGAAGGACAUGUCGAAGCAUUUGUUGAUGGGAGCUCGCAAGAUCCGGCUCCGUCUCCAGCCAGCACUGAUCAAAGCCAGGGCCAACCCUGGUGAUCAGGACAACCUGCGUAGGUUGACCUUCUUGGACGAUACCUUGCAGGGUAUCAUCAAGCGUUUCGAGGACGAGUAUCCAGAUACACGCGAAGAGCCUAUCAAGCCAGCUCGACCACGGGCCGAAACCAAGGGAGCAGUGGAGGCUCCAAUUGUACUCCCACCAGAGGAUCCCUCUUUGGCUCUUUCAGAUAACGAGGAUGAUUCCGAGCUCAAUGCGGCCGGAGCACUGUCAAGGUCGAACUCGAUGGCCAAAACAUUGGCAGAGGAAGAGGGUCGGAUCCUCCGGGCCGGUCAUCGGUUCCGUGUUGGCUUCUUCAAGCAGGAGCAGAUGGACCUGUUCAGCACGAUCGACGACAUCAGUUCUGACCCGAAGCACGUUCGGAUGCUCUCGGAACUUGCGGAGGAUAUUGGCGGAGAGCUUUAUGAGAUUGUCAAGGAGAAGGGUCCUGUGAGGGCAUUCAAAGAGCAUCGUGAUAUUGCGCUCAAGAGCAUGGAAGAGAGUGAUCCGGAGCAUUGGGAGCACUUUGCCGAGGCACAGCACAAGGCUGCUGCUAACAUCACUGUUCCCAAGAACACGGAGGCUCUCAACAAAGCUGACGAGAGCGCAAUCGAUGAGAGCGCGAUCGUCGACUGA